GGACGGAAUAGGUUGUGUUGAACGCAGCGGUGAAGUUAGUUGUAUGUUUUUGUCUCGUGUUUUUGAUGAGAUGAAGCGGACGGUUUUUGUUUAUUUUUCAAUAUUCAGUUAAUUAACCAACGUAAUAAUUAAUAUAUACAUUGUUACUUAAUGUAGACGUUUUGCAGAACACGAGCUGGUGCUGCAUUUGACGCUUCUUCAGUCGAUAACUGCAGUGGCACUUUGUUGUUGACGCCACCCAAUUCAGAGUUUUUUCUUUCCUUACAGCUCUGCAGUUUUGCUAAAGACAAGUGCUUUGCAAAAUGUCAUCACAGAGAGUUUUACCUCAGAGCAAAGAAACGCUGCUUCAGUCUUACAACAAGAGACUCAAGGAUGAUAUCCGAUCUAUUCUCGAUAAUUUCACAGAGAUCAUAAAAACUGCAAAGGUUGAAGAUGAAACCCAGGUUUCACGAGCCACACAAGCAGAACAAGAACACUAUGAAAUGCAUGUGAGAGCAGCAAAUAUUGUGCGAGCCGGGGAAUCCCUGAUGAAGCUGGUGUCAGAUCUGAAGCAGUUUCUGAUCCUGAACGACUUCCCGUCUGUGAACGAGGCCAUGAACCAUCGGAAUCAGCAGCUGCACGCCCUGCAGGAAGAGUGUGAUAAGAAACUCACGAACCUGCGGGAUGAGAUCGCAAUCGACCUGUACGAGCUAGAGGAAGAAUAUUACUCCUCCAGCAUCAGUCUGUGGGACGGCAGCGACUUGCCCUUGUACGAGGCAUUCCAACGGCAGGACAGCCUGGUCUCUCCAGAAGGGAUUUCUGGAUCCAUGGGCACAGCGAGAGUCGGGGACAGCAGCGGAGUAGGGUCCCAGGGAUCCACACCAGAGCACCUGAACGGGCACGGAGGUGGCACUUCGGAGCAUGCAUGAACGGUGGCCGCAGUGAAAUGUGUACCAGGACUUACUUUUUUUUUUUUUUUUCUUCCAGCCUCUGGGUUGAGAAUUUCAGGCUUUCUGGCAGGUUGGGAAGCUAUUGUUCCAACACAGAUCGGAUCAUUUGAAGUUAUUGGUUUAGUACUUCCCCAUUCCCUGGUCUGACUAGAUACUGCUUUUAAAAGUUUGAUACCUUGACAUGUGAAAGUUCAGUUCUUUGCCUAUUGUUUGGCUGCUUACUUCUAAGACUUUGGUGUCAUGACCACGUUAGGAUUGCAUAUACGGCUUAAAACUGACCAUAUCGAGUACUAAUUACAAGUCUGAAGAACAGCAGUUUGAAACGUUUGUGAGUUUUCACAGGCUUUUCCAGAUUUAACUGUGCCUAAAAAUGUCAGUGUGAUUGCAUUAACUGACCUCCAUUAUUGUGUAUUGGUCUGUGUCCUGCUUUUUACAUUUAAGCUCAAGGUCUGGUACACAUUCGUAGUAAGGAUUCUAAGGGUAUGUUUAAAAUAAUUAUUCUUUCAUUCUUCCAGUCAACAUCAGGACUCGUGUAGUCCAGUUUUGGAGAGGGGACUAGCAGACUAAUGUCUAAUUUAACUGUUACUAUAUACAAAAUAACCAUAUUACUGCACUGGAAACACUGUAUCGACUCAGGAGACUUAUAAUGAGGGGAGUGGGUGGGAGCAAGUGAAUGGUGACUGAACAAAUAGGGUAACAAUAGCACAUAAAUCAAAUUCAACAAAGGUCCUACUUCAGAAAUAAUUACAGAUAUUUGGUGUGUGGACUGUUACUCAAGAAAUUGUUUUGUGGCUGUUGCCCACUAUAUUUAGUCUGGGCUUAAUCUAUAUGUACCAUCCCCACCAAAUUUACAUUUAGCAGUCCCAUACUGUCUGUUUUCUGAACAGGUUGAUCCUAUAAGGUAUAGAUUCAGUUUGGUUCUGUAGGGGGAAAAGGGGGUAAAACAAUGCUAAUGCAAUAUUGUUUAUUUCUUUGUCAAAAAGCUGUAGUGUUAUUUUUUUAACCAUCCUGGUGUAUUAAGUUAUAAACUGAAAGUUAUUUGUCAACAUGCAUUGAUUGUGUGACAGCAAUUACAUGGAAUUAAAAGUUGUUUCUUUCUUUAAACCUAUGUUUUCUUUAGAAAUUUCAAGUUACUUUUGCACAGUUAGAGGGAUUUUAUUUUUGGUCUGACCUUAAAACUUAAGCAGGUUGUGGUCAUACUGUUCCGUGCUUCAGAUGAGGAAAUACGAACUACAUACAAAACAAGCAUAAUUAUUUUAUUUUAGAAACUGCACUUGGAAUGAUCACUGUUACUGUGUAACCUUGCCUUUCUAGACUGGCAUCUGUUAUGAAGCACAUAAGAACAUUUCAGCAGGGUACUGGAAACAUCUUUGUGAAUCAAGUUUGUGUAAGAAUGUAGUAAUAUUACAAUACCAAGUCUUUCUCCCACAGAUUUUGUUUUAAUACAUACCGAGUUUUGUCAUGUUAUUGGUAAUCUUCUUAUACUGUGUGUGUGAAGGGGGCUAAGAGAGUCACAAAACCAGUCUUGGAUAUCCCAUAACUACUGAUCUGUUGUAGGCGUACUGGGACCAAAGCUUUGCAAAAUAAAAAGAAA